AUGGGAAGCAACUCGUCGGUGCCAUCACGCCGUGCAGGCGACUGGGACUGCGCAGCAUGCAGCGGACACAACUUUGGAUCGCGAAGCGUGUGCCGCGACUGCGGUGCUGCCAAGCCGGCGCCGGCGUCCGCACGGGUGUCGGUGGGUGCGACGUCAGCCGCACCGCCGCGCCGUGCAGGCGAUUGGGACUGCGCAGCAUGCAGCGGACACAACUUUGGAUCGCGAAGCGUGUGCCGCGACUGCGGUGCUGCCAAGCCGGCGCCGGCGUCCGCACGGGUGUCGGUGGGUGCGACGUCAGCCGCACCGCCGCGCCGUGCAGGCGAUUGGGACUGCGCAGCAUGCAGCGGACACAACUUUGGAUCGCGAAGCGUGUGCCGCGACUGCGGUGCUGCCAAGCCGGCGCCGGCGUCCGCACGGGUGUCGGUGGGUGCGACGUCAGCCGCACCGCCGCGCCGUGCGGGCGAUUGGGACUGCGCAGCAUGCAGCGGACACAACUUUGGAUCGCGAAGCGUGUGCCGCGACUGCGGUGCUGCCAAGCCGGCGCCGGCGUCCGCACGGGUGUCGGUGGGUGCGACGUCAGCCGCACCGCCGCGCCGUGCAGGCGAUUGGGACUGCGCAGCAUGCAGCGGACACAACUUUGGAUCGCGAAGCGUGUGCCGUGACUGCGGUGCUGCCAAGCCGUCGCCGGUGGCCACAGUGGCAAACUGGACAUGCACCAAGUGCACGACUUCCAACUUUGCAGUGCCGUGCAGCCAUCACAACUUUAGCUACCGCAUCGCAUGUCGCGCUUGCUCACUGGUCCGCGGCCACGCGCCGGUAUCGGCCUCGUCCACCUCGCCUUUGCCUAGCUCGAGCGGGCUUCCACACGACGAUGUCGAUGACGAUGAGGACGAGUCGUGUGUGGUGUGCAUGGACGCGCCGCGAACAGCCGUCCUCUCCGUCUGCGGCCACCUCGCGCUCUGCCUCGAGUGUGCCCAGCCGCUUUCUUCCUGCCCGAUCUGUCGCGCAUCGUUCUCGCCCGAUCAGGUCAUCAAGAUCUACUGGACCGGAGGCUCGCGCACACGGGCGCGGAAGCAGCAGCAGCAGCUCUCACAGCUCAAGGCGUUCUUUGCUGACCCGACGGGCGAGUCCGACCCAAGUGAUGCGUCGCAUCCGCCGGCUGUGCCGUCAUCGGGAGAGCACGAGUCGCAGGGCGCGCGUCUCGCAGCCAUGAUCCAAACCUUCCACACCACUCAUGGUACCACUACGCAUGUUCCGUCCAAGUCGCGCGAUCUAAUGGCUCUCGAGUACUCGGCGCCAGUCGUCAACCGCCAUCGGGUCACGCCUGGUGGACCGCACUUGGCCGACGACGACGGCAGCGACAACGAGGUAGAGAACGGCAGCAUCAAGUUCAUCGACGAGGGCAUCGACCGGACGUCGGAGGUCUACGCCGCGCCUUCGUCGGUCUCACCCGUGAGCGGCAGCGGGGCGGCUCUCACACCGAUUCCUGUCGGCGCCGUCGGCACGCCGCAACAGCGCGGCGCCAAGCGUUCGCGUCGGGGAUCGAACCGUGAGGCUGUCGAGCUCGGCCAAGUCGAUCAGCGCGAUCCGCUGGCUGCGGUGCUCUCGGUUCGCGCGUCAUCAGUGGCAGACUUGGUGAGGGAGUCUGGAGCGAGAGCGAGCAUGGGCUCGCCCAACAGCGACGAGAACGUGGACGAGCUGGGAGCUGUGGCACGGCUCCCGCCGCCGCUGCGGUAG